AACGAAGCUUGAAAAGGAAGAGGAGACUAGAAGAGAAGAGAUUGACAAAAUCUUGGAGAGGCUAGUGUCCAUGAAGAAAAUGCUGAGUGAAGAAUUAUUGAGAAGAGUUGAAGGAGUGGAACAACGAGUUGAGGGAGUGGAGCAAAGAGUCGAGGGAGCAGAACAAGGUCUUGUUGAAACAAAUAUCAAAGUCGAACUUCAAGGAAAAAGAGUUGAGGGAGCGGAACAAGGUCUUGCUGAAACAAAUAUCGAAGUCAAAGUACAAGGAAAAAGAGUCGAGGGAGCAGAACAAGGUCUUGCUGCAGCAAACGUCAAAGUAGAAGAACUGGGGCAAGAUAUGGCACAACUGCAGGAUAGUCUCACCAAAACAGAUGACAAAGUAGAGCAGCUGGCGCAUGAAAUUAAGAGUGAGAGAAUGGAAGAUGUCAAACCAGAUGCUGCUGCAGUCGAAACUUUCGAUGUUAAACACUGUCGAAGUAAACUGGCAGAGCAUUACAAAAGGACCGCCACAGUGCCCACCUCUGCCUGGUCUAAAAAAUCCCCCGUGGACAUUCACCAGAUCUACACUCGACUGUCCUGGCUGAAAGAGGAACAAACCCCAGCUGGGCCAUCACGUUCUGAACUGAAACAUUAUACUGACGUGUUCACUCCAAACAAGAACGGUGUUGUACCAAAGAGGAUACUCGUGCAAGGGCAGACGGGUAUUGGGAAGAGCACUUUCGUCAAGAAACUGGCUGUGGACUGGGCUGAACUUGAUCACGAGAUAACGGGACACGAACGGAAAGAUGCAAUGAAGAGUUUCCAAGAUGAUGAAGACAAGAGAGAAACAGAACAAGAUGACGAAGCCUCGUCAAGUGAAGAUGGUGGCGAAGACACAUCAAGUGACGAGUAUGAAGACACAUCAAGUGAUGAGAAUGAAGACACAUCAAGUGACGAGUACGACGACACGUCAUUUGACGAGUGUGAAGAUACGUCUAGUGACGAGUAUGAAGAUACGUCAAGUGAUGAGAAGUACAUCAGUGAGGACAUGAGUGAAAGUCAGAAAGAUGCCUUAAAAAAGUUCCAGCUCGUUCUUGUUGUUAAUCUCAAGGAAGUGUCCAAAUGCCAGAGCUUCCAAGACGUCAUAAGUCAGUCCUCCAUUUUUUCGGAGGAAGAGACAGCCUUGACCGAGGGCAUCUUACGUUACAUCACCAAAAACCAAGACAAAGUACUGCUGGUGUUUGAUGGCUACGACGAAUAUCGCUGCGGAAGCAACUCUGAAAUCUACGAGAUAUUCAGAGGAAAGAAACUGAGAAACUGUUGUGUCCUGAUAACGACUCGAAUUUCCAAAGCUGACGAGCUACGAACGUUUAAAGACAUGCAUGCUGAGAUCACCGGGUUUUGUGAAGAGGACAUAAAGGCCUUUAUGAGGAGAAUGCUUGGUGGCGAAGCAGAAGCAAGAGAGCUGAGUCGUCAUCUUGAUUGGCAAUACCUGGAAGACUUAGCGAAAGUUCCGCUUCUUCUUCUCUUCUUUUGCACCCUGUGGAAAAAGGGCAAGUCGAAGAGCUUUCCUGAAAGCAAAACAAAAUUGUAUUUGGCGAUCGUCCAGUACGUUUUGGAUUACAAUCAAGGGAAAGAUUCGCCUACUCACUUUGGCAAAGUACACGAUUUCGAAGAUGUUCUUGCUGAAAUCGGAAAGGUGGCGUUGGAAUGUCUUUUGAAGGACGAUCAUGUGUUCGAGUAUGAUCAAUUGUCCGCUGCCGUUCGUUGUGAUGGGAGUCAGAUUAUUGGCCUACUUCAAGUUACCGAGUACGCAGAAAAUCUUCGACCAGCAGGGAUGGUAUCCUUUAUCCACAAGAGCAUUCAAGAAUUUUUGGCAGCGUGGUUCAUCUCUUACAGAUGUGUCCCUGAAGGAAAUCUCGGUGGAAUUGAACAGCACACACGUACCUUGGAGAAUUGUAAAGCCUGGGAAAAUGUUUUCCAGUUCGUUUGCGGUUUGUCUGACGAUGGAGCAGGGAACGUUUUUCAGCACUUAGCAUCAGUCAGGAUCUCUGAUCCAACACUGGAUUUAUCAAAGACAAUACCAGAUGUAGGAAGCGAGACAGACGAGCCACUGUGUGACGUCACUGACAGGCAUGAGAGGUUCAGUGACUUGGUUGACGAUUCUUUUAAAGAAGUUCAAUCAAAAGGUGCACUGGCGAGAUAUUGGUUAGAUUGCAAAGCUGGGAUCAUCCUGAUUUCCCUUGCGAGACCAUUUUCUGAACAUAUACCAAAGAUGAGAAUUGUAAAUGAAGAUUCUUCCUGUAAAGCUUUAUUUUUACACGAUGCUCCUUUUUACAGAUUACGUCGUAAUGGUUACAGGGAAUGGAUGUCAAGGCUAUGUGAGGUUCUGGAGUUUUUCGAUUGCUCAAAUGACCUACUGAGAAUAACCGAGAACUCUGCUGCUCUCUUGAUUGAAGAUUUUUUAACGCAGUUUAAGACUGUAGGAUGCGCGAAGUGUCGUUUUGAUUGUGUCGUUCGUGUCCAUAAUGGGAAAGCUCAGUUUUACGUAACAGGGUUAUGGCUGCGCUGUGAUGACCAUGCGAGACUGUUUACUGAGACUAUUACCAUUUCUUCCCCAUCUUGCUCCGAAAGUUCGUGUUCAAAACAGUCAUGUUUGAAAUUCUUAAGAUCUCUUUACUGUAAUGGAAUUGUGAACGCGCAGACAUUGAAAGACCUUGGUGCAGUUGUCAGAAACUGUAAACAUUUGAAAACCAUUGAAUUUCGUAAAUGCAGAGACGGUAUGUGUGAACUGCUGGAACAAGUACCAAAUCCCUGCACGUGCUGUGUGAACAUUGGUAGUCUACUGUCACAGUGCUCAUUGACAUCAGUGGAAGCAGAAAAACUAGCUGGUGUGUUACCACGAUUUAUCAUCAUCACCGCUCUUUACCUUCGGUUACGUGACUGCUGUGCUGCAGCAGUAAACAAACUUGUUUCUAGUAUCUCACGCAAAACUCUUAAGAAACUGAGUCUGCAUAAUAUAAGCCUGACCCCAGCAGCAGCCGCGCCCCUCGGUCGGUCACUUCCUGAAAUGUCGUCUUUAGAAACACUCGAGUUAACUGGGGCGGAUGGAAGCAUUUUGCAAGAGGAGGAAAUGGAGGCGCUGUUUGGAGGAAUGAACGGAACAUUCCCAGCUUUACAAUGGCUUGAUCUUAAGAAUUUCAACGCAAGGGGUAGCCUUGCUCCACUCACCAAGCGCGUUCAGUUCUUUCCAAACUUGACAAGGUUAGUUCUUUGGAGCUUAAAUAUGGAUGAACGUGACUUACAUUGUCUGCUGGAGAGCUUAAGAUCCAUUUCUAAUCUGAAGGACCUGAACCUAACAUGGAAUCCACUGGGUUCCCGGGACGAGGUACGAUCUAUUGUGCAACAAGCACUGCCUCAGGUUCGUCUUUCGUAUUAAUUAUAUUAGGUUCAUUUACUCAGUGAAUUCUGGCAGGACUGAUUGUCUUCAGUGUCACGUGACUUAAACUUCUCGUCCCUGUACCACGUGCAAACUGACACUACUUGAGGUCAUAGAGCAACAUCUGACAAUAACAGGCGAUACCAUUGUUUCUCGAGCUACUCGUGUAAACACCGUAACCUACUUUCAGAAUGUAAUUCUCGACAAUUUUUAAUUGUUACCUAAAUCGGACAUUCAGUGAAAUAAGUGAAUCUUUUUUGGUAGCGCGUAAAUGGCUUUCUAUCAAUUAGGAAGUCACGAUUUUUGUUGUUUAAUUUUUGGACUCUCACAGUAUUGUAGCGGAGAAUUUUAUAUUGAAUUGAAUUAACAAAUUAUUUGAUACCCUCUAUAGAUAAGAUAAAAAAGGUGCUUACAGCUAAUUCGCCUGAAAAUGUAUCGCGUAAAUCAGGAAAAAAAGUGAUAAUGAAAUGUUUAGUCGAGCUUAGUUGAGAAAUACGUGCCUCAUAGUUCCAAGAUGAACAGUAAUUUUGUAAACAGUUUAAAAACGUGUACUUUAUGUUCGAACAUGAAAGUAAAAAAAUUGCAAAGUUUCUGGC